AUGGACGGGAUCGAUGAAGCGGAUGUGGCGCACAGGACGGUCCGGAAGCGGUCGAGGCGGUCGGCGGAGGAUCUUCCGGGGAAUCUGGAGGGCUGGGACCGUCCCGCUAGGACAGAUUACAGGGAAGGCAGUCGAUGGGGAGGUCUUAUUUGGGGGUUCGGGGGAUUCCCUGUGCGUUCGGGGAAUGGGUCAGACGUGCUCAGUGCCGAGAUGGAUCCUGCCAAGAUCGCCGCUUUGCUUUUGCUUUGUGCCCGUGUUCAGGGUGGACAGGAGGCCCGAGUCGACGACCGACAAGCACUUCAGUCUUCGAUCGCUUCUCAAGAUUUUCGAUCGCCUCCCCCAUGCAGCGCGACCCGGGCCCUCUCGACGGGGCAGGGCUCCCCGCUGCUCAGUCCCAACUUUCCUGGCUUUUCCCCGCCUGGAUUCUCUUGCUCCUGGGAAUUCAGAUGCCCGGUGGACAUGACCCUCCAGUGCUCCACCUUCCAACUUCCUUCUUCUAACUUCUGCUGGCAAUCCGCCCUCACCUACAACAGGAAGAGGGUGUGCGGAUCCUCGCCGGAGCUUCGAAGCCCGGUGAACGUGGGGAAGGACCUUAAGGUGGAAUUUUUCAGCAUUCGUUCGGUCGGCUUCAACUGCACUGUCAACUGCGGUACGGUUCCUGCACCUCCACCUCCACCUCCAUGCCGUUGCGGAGUCUCUCAAAUCAGCAAUGGAGCCUUGGAUGCUGCAAAAAACCAGACUCAACCCGGCGCGGGCCAAGUCAUUGGAGGAUCUGGCGUUCUGAGUCAGAGGAAAUAUCCCUGGAUAGCAUGGAUCGGGACGUCUGCCAGUCGGGUGUCCAAGUGCGGGGGAUCUCUCAUCAACGACCGGUAUGUCCUCACAUCGGCCAGCUGCAUCGACCCUAGCUACCAAACUUACAUCGUGACUCUAGGAGACUUCAACAGGUCGACAUGGUCCGACAGUCACUCCAUUCAGAUUCCAGCCUCAGCUAUCAUUCAUCCUCAGUUUAAUUCGAGUAACCGGAACAACGACAUCGCACUUCUGAAGCUCAAGAUCCCGGUGGACUUCAACGCCUUCCCACACAUCCGUCCCGUAUGUCUCUCUUCCAGUGCCAUCCCCGCGCCGAGUCAAACUGUCACUGUCGUCGGGUGGAGUGGUACCGGUGUCCCCCAUGUACUUCCCGAGAACGUGCUGAAGGAGGCCACGAUGAAGGUGAUCAGUCAGGAAACCUGCAAGGCCUCUCACCCGGUCCACACCACAAACAGCACCAUCUGUGUUCAGCCUGUUGACAAGAACUCAUGCAGUGGUGACUUCGGAGGACCGGUGUUGUACCAGACUCCAUCCGGAUACUACCAGGAAGUCGGCAUCAACUCGUACAAGAAUGGGGAGUGUCUCCCGAACUCGGGAAUCGUUGCCACCAAGACAGCCAAUUACGUGGACAACUUCAUCAAGAGCAACACCCAGGAUGCCCAAUGGUGCCCAGCGCCUUGAGACAUCCUUCCAGGCUGCCGAGAGUGUCUGCAUGCCCUCCCGACCUGAAGCUCGAAUUUCCGAAUGUCCUGUGCAUCCCUUCGUGUCUUCUCUUCUCUGGGAGGUGGCAAUGAAACGAAUCCCUUUUGUGAUUUUAUUAUUAUUGCAAUGAAGUCCUUCUGGAACUGCC